AUGGUGAACAAGAGCUCACGGUGGCUCCGUACGCCGGGGAGGUCUUUCCGAUCAGAAGAUAAAGGAGUGGUUACUGGAGCUGCUUUAGCUAAGUCUCCUAUUUUGUCUCAACAUGCUGUUAAUUCCCAUGUACACCCAGCCAUGCAAUCUCCUACUGGGCUUACUAUUGUGGACCUGAAGCGGCGUCGUAUGGAGGAGGCAUUAAAUGAGGAGAGGGCCCAAGAUGGUGGUACCAAUGCAGGACCUGAUUCUACACUUUCAAGGGCUGCACCAAAAAACAUGAUUGAAGAAAUAAAAAAUUUAUUGGGUUAUGAUGAUUUUGUUUCUGUGGACUGUGUGGGGCAUAGUGGUGGUCUGGCUUUACUUUGGCGUGCUAUUGACUCUGUGCAUGUUCUAUUUCAAUCGGCUAGAUGUAUUGAUGUGGAGGUUGACUUAGAUUCGGUGGGUAGUUGGCGACUAACUGGCUUUUAUGGACAUCCUAAUCGUAAUCAUCAUCAGGAGUCUUGGGCUUUACUACAAAAUUUAGCAACUAUGAGCACACGUCCCUGGGUCUGUAUGGGGGACUUCAAUGACAUUCUAGCUAAUCAUGAGAAGAAAGGAGGCAGACGGCAACCGAAUGCAUUGAUUCAGGGGUUUCACAAUGCUGUAAUGGCAGCGGGACUCUGUGAUUUUCCCAUGAGCGGAUAUAAAUUUACUUGGGAAACUGGUAGGGGCUCAGAUCGGUGGGUUGAAGAAAAAUUAGAUAGAGUUCUUACCUCUCCAUCAUUUAAUUCUUUGUUUUCCCAUGCUAGAGCGGCUUCGUUGGAAGCUUCUUCAUCUGAUCAUCUUCCAAUACUGUUGGAGAUACGUCUCUUUAUUCCGACCCAGUUGGUCAGGAGAUUUAAAUUUGAGAACAGUUGGAGAAGAGAGCUGCAGUGCCGUGAUUUGAUCUCCAAUGUUUGGAAUUCGAGUGCCUCUGUGGAUGUGUUUAAUAAAUUACUUCGGUGUGGAGAAUUGUUGUAUAGAUGGGGGCUGGACAUUCGAAAUCUACAUAAGCAGGAGUUGGUACUGUGUAAGUUAGAUAUGCAACAUUUGCGGGGUUCUCGUUCAUUGGCGGAUGUUCGCAAGUUUGAGGAGGCUAAGAAGAGAUACCAUGACUUGUUAAGGGAUAAAGAAAUACAAUGGAAGCAACGUGCCAAAGACUUUUGGUUGAAAGAAGGAGAUUCUAACACUAGAUUCUUUCAUGCAAUGGCUACAAACAGAAAAAAGAAGAAUCUGAUUCAUCGGCUCCAAGACAGCAAUGGGGUUUGGUGUGAGAGGGGGCCAGCUCUCGACACUCUUAUUGUUGAUUAUUUUCAGGAUAUCUUCCAGGCAAAUUCGGGUGAUACUCAGCCUAUUAUUGAUCAUAUCCCUCACUGUAUUACUGAGGAAGAUAAUGCUUUUCUUCUUGCUCCUUAUUCACCUGAGGAAGCCCGUGCAGCAGUGUUUAGCAUGCAGGCGGACAAGGCACCUGGUCUCGAUGGGUUCAACCCAGGUUUUUUCCAAUAUCACUGGGAUAUUAUUGGGUCUGAUGUUUCAUCUACUUGUAUUUCAAUGUUGGCUGUCGGUACAUUCCCGGUAGAGUUAAAUGAAAUAGCAUUAGUUUUGAUUCCAAAGAAGACAAUUCCUGGGACGAUGGGGGAUUUGCGGCCAAUAGCUUUGUGUAAUGUCUUUUAUAAAAUAAUGUCCAAGAUGGUUGCAAAUCGACUUAAAAGGCUACUGCCUCGGAUUAUUUCUCCAUCACAGUCGGCAUUUGUUGCCGGGAGAAGCAUCCAUGAUAAUACUAUAAUUGCCUUCGAGCUUAUGCACUUUUUCAAAGGCAAGCGCUAUGGUCGUGAGAGUUAUGGUGCCUUAAAGAUGGACAUUAGCAAGGCAUAUGAUCGUAUGGAGUGGAAUUAUGUUUCGGAUGUCUUGGAUAAAAUGGGUUUCUCAACACAGUGGACGAGUGUGAUCAUGCACUGUAUUACUUCAGUCAGCUAUCAUAUUGUUCAUGAUGGGAAGGAAUUGGGUCCAAUUAUGCCUACACGAGGAUUGCGGCAAGGAGAUUCCUUGUCCCCAUAUAUAUUUAUCUUGUGUACUGAGGGACUUUCACAGCUUAUAUCGCACAAGGUGGCUAGUUCGGCUUUACAUGGUUGUCGGGUGGCUAGGAGAUGCCCUGAGAUAACUCAUCUCUUCUUUGCCGAUGAUAGCUUGAUUUUCUUCCAUAGCACUGCUGCUGAAGCUCAGGUUGUGAAGGAGGUGGUUUCUACUUAUGCACAGGCAUCUGGGCAGCUCAUAAAUUUCACUAAAUCUGCCAUAUGCUUCUCUAAGAACACGAGACAGAAUGAUCGGGCUGGUGUGUGCUCUGUGUUAGGCGUGGAAGAGCAUUCAAGUUUGGGCAAAUAUUUGGGUCUUCCAUCAGUGGUGGGCAUAAACAAAAGGGAAAUAUUUGGUUUUUUAAAGGACAAGGUGUGGCAGAAACUUAACUCCUGGAAACGUCGUUGCUUGUCCCGUGCAGGUAAAGAAAUCUCACUAAGAACAAUGCUCCAAGCACUUCCUAAUUAUGUGAUGAGCAUGUUCCUAAUCCCUAAGACUCUUUGUCACGAUCUCCAACAGAUGAUGAAUAUGUUUUGGUGGGGUAAAGGUAUUAACCAUGAAAGGGGAAUCCAUUGGAUGAGUUGGGAUAGGAUGAGUCAACCAAAAUUUUUUGGAGGGUUGGGCUUCAAGAAGUUAAGGGAGUUCAACUUGGCUAUGGUUGGAAAGCAAGCUUGGAAUAUUGUGACUAAUCCUUAUUCUUUGGUGGCAAGGUUAAUUAAAGCUCGUUAUUUUCCUGAUGCUAAUUUUAUCACGGCUUGUCUGGGGUCCAAUCCGAGCUAUUUUUGGCGAAGCAUUUGGGAAGCACAAUCUGUUAUUAAGGCCGGUAUGUGUUGGAAAGUUGGAAAUGGACAGCAAAUUCGAGUCUGGGAAGAUCCUUGGAUCCCAAAUUUGCCUUCCUCCUGGGUGCAAACAUCGCAGCCUGUUAACUCACAGGUAAACUUUGUUCAUGAUUUGAUGAUUAAUGGUUUUUGGAAUUUGCCAUUGUUACGUUCAAUUUUUAGUAUGGAAGAGCAGAAGGCCAUACUGUCUAUUCCCCUCCCUCGAUUUGCUGCUAGUGACAGAUUGAUCUGGAAGUUGGAGCCAAAGGGUCAAUAUUCAGUUAAAUCAGUUUAUAAAUUCCUAACUAAUAUUGGGGAUGGAGUUGUGGGAGGUCAUAUUAGUGCGAUGUGGCGGAAAUUAUGGAACGUCAGGGCUCCUCCUAAGUGUCGCGACUUAGUUGAAUCUGUGCUCCAUGUGCUGGUUACAUGCCCUUUUGCCAAGAGGGUAUGGCUUGCGUCUUCGAUUGGAUGGCUUUUUCCUCAGUCGGCGUCAUUUUUGACAUGGUUGUGCUCAGUUUUGCAGCUGGUGAGAAAGGAAGACCAAGCUAUGGUGGUAAUGAUCUGCUGGACUCUUUGGCAGGCAUGGAAUGAUGUGGUCUGGUCUUCGAAGUGGUCGAGCCCUGCUGCUGUGGUGUAUCGGGCUAGAACAAUCCUCUACGAUUGGUGUAAUGCGCCACACGUUGAUGACAGUUCUUCUGAUGCUGUGCCAGCUCCUCCACCGUUACAUUUCUGGGUUCCACCGCUUCAAGGAUUCUUGAAAGCUAAUGUAGAUGCAGCAGUCUUCCCUGAUGGAUUCAUUGGAGUUGGUGGAGUGCUUCGCUCAUAUGAUGGCUCUUUUGUUGGCGCUUGUCAACAUAGACUCCUUGGUUACUUCUCUCCUAAAACAGCUGAGCUAAUUGCCAUUAGAGAAGUUUUGAGUUGGAUUAAGAGGCUGGGUUAUGAUCAGAUAGUGUUGGAAUCAGAUGCUCUUACGGUAGUGAAGGCUUUGCUUUUUUCUUCAACUUCUGAUUUUUCUAGUUUUGGGUCCCUUGUUGAUGAUUGUAAAUCUCUAAUAGCAGAGAUGAAUUCAGUAUCUGUGAGUUUUAUUCCUUGA